UCGACGGACGACGGCCGGCGCGGUGCGUAGCCGCAUGGAUGGGUAUGGUAGCAGACAUCGCGGUUCGGCAAUGUGUAUCUGAGCUGAAAGUGAAGUCCGUAGUCAGUUGAUCGUGCCUGUUAUUGUUCGUGGGAGGCGCACAGGAUGUAUACAGUGUCCAAGGGUCCCAGCAAGUUGGUGGCGAAAACUCGAAGAGGGAUACCGCAGAAUUAUGAAAAGUUUGAGCUGAUGCGUGAUUUAGGGAAGAAGAAUGGUGACUGUGAUAUACCCAGUGAAUUGAGUGUUCCUCGACCGGUAUUUCAGACUACGAAGAAAUCGUCUACACACUAUCUGCGAGCACAGCAACAGCAAAGCACAGCGGAGCAUCUGAGUCCUCAGCACGAGGAGCUGAUAAAAUAUAUCAAUGAUUCGUGGAAUAUGGCGGUAGCACCAAAUCCCUACGACGUGCCGGGAUCGCCGGAUAGCACAAGCUCCAACAUCUCCCUCUCAUCGUCCUGCAGUACCAGUUCGGCGUCGUCCACCUGUUCGAACUGCAGCACAACCACCCUGUACUACAAUGAUCCCCCCAGCCCGGUGCUGGUGGAUUUCAAACCAUUCGAUCUGGAGUCGUGGUGGGGGAGGAGAAUAUUCAACAAUAUUACCAAAAACCUGUGAAAGUCUGAAUCGCUAGUGGUCGUCGCGUCGGCCGCAAAACAAAGAAACUUAUAAAUCACAUACAUAUUUUAAAUUUUACUACUGCAACUCACACAAAAGCUAUCGCGAUACUAAUCAGCCGAAUCGAUAAAGCGUAAACAAAUAAUCUGUGAAGCUGCUAUGGAAGUCUAAAUUGUAUAAAGUGUAGUAAUUUGUUAAUGGCAACCGAUUUACAAGCAGAAAAAUAAGUGCAUUAUCAGUUCGGCAGCACAACAAGCUAAUAAAGACUAUAAUAGAAAUGAGAAGAAAAGUUGAAAAGGGCGUAAAUGUGUGUUUCUGUGAUGAGAUUUAGAGCAUUUAGGAGUUUAAUGUUUUUGUUCUACGAAUGAAUGCGAAUGACUACGUUCACUUUAAAAUUGCAAUAUAAAAAAAAGAGAAUGUUCUAGCCGUUAAGUUGAAAUUAAUUUCUAAUUGGUUCAGAGUUCUGUGAUUAAUGGAAUUGUACAAAAUUUAGACACGAAAUCGAAAGCACAGUAGAAUAAAUCCAGCUGGAUCAUUGUAUGGACUACGAUUCGAGUAUUCGUUUUGAUUUUGUAGUGAGUGUCAGCUCGUCGUAUUCGCUCGAUUUAGCAUCGUUACGUGUCAAGUGUUUUUCGAAAUGAUACGUACAAUUGGUCUGAGUCGAGAGUUUUGCGCGGCGCUUUAUUUGCGAAUCUGGACCGAAGCACGUUGGAAGCUGAAAAGAGUGUUUCUUUAGUGUACUGGCAGAAGUUGCGCACCAGGAAGAUCGUAUCGUGAAAAAGUAAUUAUACUGAGAUAGUUUUACCUAUUAGAUAUGUUAUGGAACUGAGAUAAGAUACUAAAAUGUGGUAGUAUGAAGAGGGAGAUGUUUGAUAAAAAAAACAA